AUGGCUUCGAGCUCGCGGGGCGCCAUGUUCCCGCGAGAUGGAGAGCCGAGCUUGGGGGACAGGCUCUUCGACCUCAUGAAAGAUCCCUUCAGCGCCGAAGUCGCUUCGGGUUCCAUCAUUGCUGCCAUAGCCACGUCGUUGAGCAUCACCACCGCCAUCUUCCUCGCCUUCUGUAUCUUACGGCCAUGGAAUGAAGUCGUCUACGCACCCCGCCUCCGUCACGCCGACGAAAAGCAUAAACCUCCCCCUAUGGAUAAAAGCCUGUUCGCCUGGGUCCGCCCCGUCUUCAAGACCAAUGAGCACGAGUACAUGCACAUGAUCGGCAUGGAUGCCACCAUAUUCCUACGCAUUGCUCGCAUGUGCCGCAACAUGUUCGUUUGCCUCGCCAUAGUCGGCUGCGGCAUCAUACUACCGGUCAAUAUCAUGAAGGCUGCUGAUGUCGGCGACAACAACAAGGGCAUUAGCAACAUCGUCUUCCUGAUGACACCCAUGUAUCUGUUUGGCCAGCCAUUCUGGGCCUUUGUGGUCUGCGCCUACGCCUUUGAUAUCAUCGUUUGUGGGUUCCUGUGGUGGACUUAUCGCGCCAUUCACCAGCUGAGAAGAAAGUUCAUGGAGAGUGCCGACUACCAGAACAGCCUUCAUUCACGAACUUUGAUGAUUACGGAUGUCGCCAGGAACUUGCGCAGCGACCAGGGCAUCGUCGAGAUCACUGAUAGUAUUAGAGCGACGCCUGACAUUCCGCGUGCUUCAGUCGGCAGGAACGUCAAGGACAUACCUGAGCUCAUAGAGGACCACGAACAGACUGUCAUUGAGUUGGAACAAGUCCUGGCAAAGUAUCUGAAGAAUCCGAGCAGCCUACCAGCGACACGCCCGCUCUGUAAGCCCUCGAAGAAAGACCCUGAAUUUGGAGGCAGACAGGAGAAGGUGGAUGCCAUUGACUAUUUGACGGCAAGGAUCUUACGCCUGGAGGCUGAGAUCAAGAACGCCCGGGAAACCGUGGAUAAGCGCGACGCAAUGCCGUACGGCUUUGCCAGCUAUGAGACGAUCGAAUCCGCACAUACCGUGGCAUAUGCCGCGCGAAGCAAGAAGCCCAAGGGUGCAAUCGUUCAGCUCGCCCCGAGACCCAAGGAUAUUAUAUGGAAGAAUCUCUCCCUAGACUCAAAAACUCGACGAUGGAGGAAGUUCGUCAAUGGUCUAUGGAUUACGCUGCUUACUGUUCUGUACUUCAUUCCCAACGCCCUGAUUGCCGUGUUUCUUGCCCAGCUUGGCAACAUCGCUUCUUUCUGGCCCCAAUUCGCCGAAGAGAUGGCGAGAAAUCCCAAGUCAUGGUCGAUCGUGCAAGGUAUUGCUGCACCGGCCUUGACCUCGCUUAUCUACUAUUUCCUACCCAUCAUCUUCCGUCGCCUUUCCAUCAAAGCGGGUGAUCUUUCAAAAACAUCCCGUGAACGACAUGUCAUCUCCAAACUCUACUCCUUUUUCGUCUUCAACAAUUUGAUCAUCUUUUCGCUUUUCGGUGCUGUGUUCAGCAUGAUCGCGACAACCGUUGAUCUCGCAAAAACGAACCACUUGCAGUGGUACGACAUUAUACGCGAGGUUCACCCGCUUGCGAACACCAUGAUUGCUCUCUGCAAAAUAUCCCCUUUCUGGGUGACGUGGCUCGUUCAGCGUAACCUGGGAGCCGCGAUCGACUUAUCUCAAGCUGUCAACCUUGGAUGGGGAUCUUUCUCUCGGAAAUUCUUGAAUCCAACGCCGCGUGAACUCAUUCAGCGGACUGCCCCGCCGCCAUUCGAUUAUUCGGGCUACUACAAUUACUUCCUUUUCUACUCAACUGUUGCCCUUUGUUUUGGAUCUCUCCAACCCAUCACCUUGGUCGUUACUGCAUUUUACUUCGCCGUUGACUCUUCGAUGAAGAAGUAUCUUUUGCUCUACGUCUUUGCCACCAAAAACGAGUCUGGUGGGCUCUACUGGCGCACAGUCUUCAACCGCCUCCUUGCCGGUACUUUCCUGUCCAACUGCAUCAUUGCCCUUAUGGUUGCCGCCCGUGGUUAUGACAGCACAAACAUGAUGCUCGGUGCAAUGGCCCCUAUCCCGUUCUUGCUGCUCGGAUUUAAAUUCUACUGCAAGAGCAGCUUCGACAGCGCCAUCAAGUACUACACCAAAGGCGAAACACCAAAGGGUGUCGAGGCCCUUCCCCCAAUCGACAAGGAAUCACGCCGCCGCGAUCGCGUCGCCGUCCGCUUCGGUCACCCCGCCCUCUAUCAAAAGCUCACCGUUCCAAUGGUGCACGAGAAGAGCAAGCACCUCCUGGCCGAAGUGUACCGCGGCCGUCUGGACGGCGAUCUCGGCGCAACAGCAGGCUACAGCGAUGUCUACAGCAUGAAGCGCAUGUCAAAAGAGAACCCGGGCAAGGCUGCCGCGGGCACUGGCCCCUUCGAAUUUGUUUCAGAGUCUAAUAUGGAUUUCGAGAACUUCAAAAACCGGCCUGAGUUCGCUGAUGAAGCGGGCGGGGACUCGGGCUCCAUCUACGGUCCGUCGACUAUCAGUCGCCCCGGCACGCCCUCAUCUGUCAUGGGCGGUAGCGAGCGCGGCCGCUCUGCUUCGAGAGGUAGCGAUCGCGACGAGCCAGGCGUCACUUAUCCCACGGGAUACCACUCCACGCCGAGCAACCUCCGGGAGUACAGUCCUUCUCCAGACAACCGGGAAUUCGGCAGGACAGUCAGCAACACGAGCCAUUCGAGGGAUGAUGCGAUGUUGCUGUCGGGUGCGCAGCCGAUGGGUGGUCAUACGCCCUUGAGUAGCGCGUAUACGCCGUACAGUCCUGAUCAGACGGGACACGGGAGGACCGACUAUUUUGGUGGAAGGUAG